AGACGCCGCGCACCCGAGCGCGCCCCACCGCAGCGCAGCCGCCGCCAGCCGCCGCCAUGGACGCCGGCAAGAAGCGCAGCCGCGCCAACCCCAGACAGACCGCCAACCCGCUGUCCGCGCUCCUCUUCUGGUGGACAAUCCCUUUGUUCCGAGAAGGCUACUCACACGAUCUUACAGUGGAUGACCUGUACGAGCCUCUGAAGGAUGACAGGUCGGAGCAGCUGGGAGACAUUCUUGAAGCGCAAUGGAACAAACAGCAGAAGAAGAAGAAGCCGAGCCUUAUGAGCGCCAUCGGCGGCGCCUUCUUCUGGCAGUACACCCAGCUGGGGCUGCUUGUCCUUGUCAAUGACGUCAUCGUACGGUUGGUGCAGCCGCUGAUGCUGGGUUACCUGCUGGCGUACUUCACACCGCCGCGAACCAUGUCCAAGGAGAGCGCCAUGGCGUACGCAGGCGCCAUUGUGCUGUGCACGGCGUUCAACACGCUCUUCUUCAACCACUACACGCUAGGCGCCUUCCACGCCGGCAUGCGUGUGCGGGCCGCUUGCUGUUCGCUCAUCUACAGAAAGUCGCUGCGCCUGAGCCGUACGGCGCUAGGGGAAACGGCGGCUGGGCAGGUGGUGAACCUGUUGUCCAACGACGUCAGCCGAUUCGACCUGGUAUCCGUCUUCAUACACCACAUGUGGGCCGCGCCGCUCACCGCCAUCAUAUGCAUGUACUUCCUCUACAACGAGAUCGGCGUCGCGGGAUUCGUCGGGGUCGCCGUCGUCUUCGUCGUCGUUCCCAUACAAGCUUACACUGGGAAAUUGUCAGCAAUAUUCCGACGACGGACAGCUUUUAAAACAGACGAAAGGGUUCGUUUGACAGACGAGAUUAUUUCUGGAAUACAGGUCAUUAAAAUGUAUGCGUGGGAAAAGCCUUUCUCAAAGAUGAUCGAAGCAGCCAGGAGGGCGGAACUGAAGGUGGUCAUUAAAACGUCCUACAUCAGAGGUAUUUUCAUGACGUUCAACCUCUGCACCACGCGUCUAGCGCUGUGCUGUACACUGAUAACAUAUGUGAUGCUGGGCAGCGAUCUUACGGCAGACAAGGUGUUCGUGGUCCUCACGUACUUCAACAUUUUGGCGCAGACAAUGUCAAUGAUGUUCGUCCGAGGAGUCGCCGAAAUAGCUGAGGCUCUGGUCUCGGUUAAAAGGCUGCAGACUUUUCUGAUGAAUGAAGAAUACGUGAUGAAUACUUCGAAGCUGUCCAUAGUUCAGAAUGGAGUGAGUCACGACUACGAUAAGGAAGAGAAGGAAGAAGAAGAAGCGGUCAUCAUGGAGAGCGUCACCGCCAAGUGGGUGGACACUCUCAGCGAGAACACGCUGGAGGAUGUCAACCUGCGAGUCCACCAGGGGCAGCUGGUCGGCGUCGUUGGCCUUGUUGGGGCAGGUAAGAGCUCCUUGCUACAAGCCUUACUUGGAGAACUCCCAGUAAAAGAAGGCAUCUGCAAAAUCAACGGCAAAGUGUCGUACGCCUGCCAAGACCCGUGGGUGUUUGCGGCCACCAUAAGGCAGAACAUCGUCUUCGGGCGGCCUUACGACCGGCGGAGGUACAAGGAGGUGAUCCGGGUGUGCGCGCUGCAGCGAGACCUGGAGCUGUUGCCGCAGGGCGACCUCACCGUCGUGGGCGAGAGGGGCACCUCGCUCUCCGGCGGGCAGAAGGCGCGCGUCAACCUCGCCAGGGCGGUCUACCAUGACGCUGACAUCUAUCUCUUUGACGACCCUCUGUCAGCUGUGGACACCCACGUCGGGAAACACCUCUUCGAUGAGUGCAUCAUCAACUUCCUGCGAAACAAGACGCGCAUCCUCGUCACUCAUCAGCUGCAGUACCUGUCCGAAGCAAAUCACGUGGUGCUCAUUAACAACGGCAAGGUGGAGGCGCAGGGAGGCUACGCGGCGCUGAUCCGGCAGCCGCAGUACUCGGCCAUGCUGGGGGCCGCCGAGGGCGACGAGGGUGGCGAGGAGAGGCCGGAGGCAGAGCGCGCGCGCCACGGCAUCACCAGGCAGCUGUCGCGCACCUCCAUCAAGAGCAAGACUUCACGGCACGGCUCCAUACUGGAAGAGGAAGAGGAGGAGGAGGAGGCGGCUGCACCGGACAUGAUGGAAGCAACGACCAAGGGCGUCGUCAAAACUUCCCCCUACAUUGGCUACUUCUCGUCAGGGACCAACUACUUCGUCCUAUUCAUCUUAAUGCUGAUGUUCAUUUGUGCACAAGGAUUGGCAAGUGGCGCUGAUUAUUAUAUUUCGUACUGGACGACGCAGGAAGAGGCAAGGUUGGCGCGCAUUAUUGAGAUGCAGAAUAACAAUGGCACAACGGACGGAGCGAACAUACUUGUAAUUAGUUCUGAAGACGAUGUCAAUAUUCAAGGGAUUGACAACAUAUUAGACACAGACACCUACAUUUUUAUUUAUAUUGGAAUCAUUGCUGCACUGUUUUUAAUAGCGUUCACUAGGUCUUUUGUGUUUUAUAAUAUCUGCAUGAGCUGCUCCAAACAGCUUCACAAUACAAUGUUCAAGAAUUUGUUACGAACACCCAUGCGAUUUUUCAAUUUAAACCCAUCAGGUAGAAUCCUGAACCGUUUCUCUAAAGACAUGGGAGCUAUAGACGAAUUGUUGCCAAAGGCAAUUUUGGAUGCUGCUCAAAUAAUCAUGCUCGUCCUAGGAUCUCUAAUUGUCGCCGUGUCUGUCAACUGGGUUUACAUACUACCUAUCGUUGCUAUGGGAGCCUUGUUUUGGUUCGUUAGGAAGGUUUAUCUGAGGGCGUCGAAGAACAUCAAGCGCUUGGAAGGAAUGACAAAGAGCCCAGUCUUCACGCACCUCUUGGCAACUCUUCAGGGCUUAACGACUAUAAGAGCAUAUGGAGCCCAAAAUAUUCUCAAGGAGGAGUUUGACAAACAUCAGGACUUACACACGGCUGCUUGGUACAUGUUUCUAACAACGUCUCAAGCGUUUGGAUUCUCACUGGAUAUUAUGUGCCUUAUUUACAUAACGUUUAUCACGUACAGUUUCCUGUUCCUGGAAGACCUAUUUGGCGGCCAGAUUGGGCUGGCGCUGACGCAGUCAAUGGGCCUCACCGGGAUGAUCCAGUGGGGCAUGCGGCAGUCAGCCGAAGUGGCCAACCAGAUGAUGGCCGUGGAGCGCGUCAUGGAGUACACGGCGCUCGAGGAGGAGCCCCUGCUGGAGUCUACUCCAGACAAGAGGCCACCCAGUAGCUGGCCAUCCAAAGGAGAAAUACAGUUCCGCCGCACGUACUUGAGAUACGGGCCUCAGAGUGAUCCCGUUCUCGUAGACCUCAACUUCGUGAUCCGACCGGCCGAAAAGGUGGGAAUAGUUGGCCGUACGGGGGCCGGCAAGUCGUCGCUCAUCUCAGCGCUGUUCCGGCUCGCCAUCGUUGAGGGGGAAAUCCUUAUUGACGACGUGGAUACUGCCAACAUUGGUCUGCAAGAUCUUAGGGCAAAGAUUUCCAUUAUCCCGCAAGAUCCAGUUCUAUUUGCUGGGACUCUACGGUUCAACCUGGACCCCUUCGGAGAGUUUCCAGACUACAUCUUGUGGAGAGUACUUGAUGAUGUGGAGCUGCGUGACUCGCUGCACGACUCUCUGGGCCUGGACACGCGCGUGUUAGACGGCGGCAGCAACUUCAGCGUCGGCCAGCGGCAGCUGGUGUGCCUGGCGAGGGCCAUCCUGCGCAACAACCGCGUCCUCAUGCUGGACGAGGCCACCGCCAACGUCGAUCCACAUACUGAUUCACUGAUCCAGAAGACUAUCAGACAAAAGUUCUCGCACUGUACCGUGCUGACUGUUGCUCAUCGUCUAAACACAAUCAUGGAUUCCGAUAAGGUUCUCGUAAUGGACGCCGGUCGCAUGGUGGAAUUUGACCAUCCACAUAUACUACUACAGAAGAAAGAUGGCAUGUUUUCCAAAAUGGUCCGACAAACGGGAUAUCUUAUGGCAGAACAGCUUAGUAGAAUUGCUGAAGAAUGCUAUAAUGAAAAAGUUGCGCAUUGAAUCUCGAGUCCUGCAAGACUGAACCAAAUGUGAUCACAUUCCUAAUUACUACGCUGUACUAGUCACAUAAUUUUUAAACAGUUGAUUAUCUGUCGGAGUAUUAUUGUAAAAUAUCUAUGUAAAUAACGACCUAACUACUGUACAUUAUUAAAAUUACGUGCCAUACUUCUAAGUAUUUCUAGCAUUUAUGAAAAUGGCGUAGCAACUUUUGUAGGUAGUUGUUACAGAUCAUGUACAAAUUGACAUUGUUGAAGUAAGUCGCUUUUUUUAAAGAAAAAUAUUUUACCCACAGACCUCUUUCUGCAUGAAUUGUGAGUGAAUUGCGAGUGGUGCGAGAGAAAGUGUAUCUUAUUAGUCGGUUUCAGUAUUCAGGUUCAGCAAUAUGUCAGUGCUUCACUGAAUACAAUAAUGAUGUAAUUGAGGAGAUUUCUCUGUAAAACGGAACACAUGUGCACGAAUUGUGAAAAUAACACAGUGUCAUGGAGUAUGUAUAUUUUUGUUAUAACAAAAAACUGAUAGUACCUGAAGCAUUAAAUGAUGUAUCCAUAACUGAGAAAUAAAACAUUGUUACCAUUU